GGAGCCGCGGCGGCGGCGGGGCCGGGCCGGGGCAGAGCGGGCAGCGGGGCCGAGGGGCGCGGAGCCGAGCCGAGCCGGGCCGGGCCGGGACCGCGGCGAUGAACUUCGCGGUGGGGCUGAAGCCGCUGCUGGCGGAGGCGCGGAGCAUGGAGAGCCUGGAGAAGCAGCUCAUCUGCCCCAUCUGCCUGGAGAUGUUCACCAAGCCCGUGGUCAUCCUGCCCUGCCAGCACAACCUCUGCCGCAAGUGCGCCAACGACGUCUUCCAGGCCUCCAACCCGCUGUGGCAGUCGCGGGGCUCCAGCGCGGUGCCGUCGGGCGGCCGGUUCCGGUGCCCGUCGUGCCGCCACGAGGUGGUGCUGGACCGGCACGGGGUGUACGGGCUGCAGCGGAACCUGCUGGUGGAGAACAUCAUCGACAUCUACAAGCAGGAGUCGGCCAGGCCCCUGCACGCCAAGGCGGAGCAGCACCUGAUGUGCGAGGAGCACGAGGACGAGCGGAUCAACAUCUACUGCCUGCGCUGCGAGGCACCCACCUGCUCCCUCUGCAAGGUCUUUGGGGCGCACAAGGACUGCGAGGUUGCGCCACUGCCCGCGGUCUACCAGCGCCAGAAGGUGGGUGGCCCUGGCGGGGGCCGACGAGGGACCCAGGUGCUGCCUCCCGCUCUGGCCCUCAUGCCGGUCUCACCCCAGAGCGAGCUCAGCGAUGGCAUUGCCAUGCUGGUGGCGGGGAAUGACCGCAUCCAGGCCAUCAUCACCCAGAUGGAGGAGAUCUGCCGGACCAUUGAGGAGAACGGUCGGCGGCAGAAACAGCACCUGGGGCUGCGCUUCGACUCGCUGUACAGCAUCCUGGAGGAGCGGAAGAAGGAGCUGCUGCAGAGCAUCGCGCGGGAGCAGGAGGAGAAAGUGCAGCGUGUGCGGGGCCUCAUCCGCCAGUAUGGUGACCACCUGGAGGCUUCCUCCAAGCUGGUGGAGACAGCCAUCCAGGCCAUGGAGGAGCCCCAGAUGGCCGUGUAUCUGCAGCACUCCAAGGAGCUCCUGAAAAAGAUCACAGACAUGUCCAAGGUGUCGAUGAGCAGCCGCCCGGAGCCUGGCUACGAGAACAUGGACCACUUCUCCAUCAAUGUGGACUAUGUGGCAGAGAUGCUGAGGACCAUCGAGUUCCAGACAGAGCCACUGGGAGAGGAUGAGGGGGACGGCCCUACGGAGGGCGGCGAGGCUGCGGCAGAUGAGGACCGGCUGGACAGCCUAGAGGCACCCGAGGCUGCUGAGGAUGUGGGGCCGAGGCAGAAGCCAGCAAGCUCUCCCCAUGGUGAGACCCUCCCCAGGACCAAGGUCAGCACUGAGCUGGUGCCGCGGGGCAGCUUCAGUACCAAAGAGCUCAUCCCUGCCCCUGGCGCCUCUUGGUGAGCCACAGCCCUACUGCUGCAAGUCCCCACUACUGGAGCUGCCCCAUCAAUCAUUAAACUGUGUAUGAGAA